ACUCUUUGUAACGUGGCACAUUUAAGUGAAAUUUUGAUCAUUGCUCAUACAUCAGUAUGGGGGAUCUGAACGAGGACCCUUCGCUUUUGUUGCUAGAUGAGAACGCACUUCUCCACGUCUCAUCCUUCCUUAUCGAUGCCCGUGACCUCAUAUCUUUGCAACUCUGCUGCAAGUUGCUCUACAAUCUGUUGCAGCACAGCAAUUCAUGGGAACAUGUGGUAAAGCUGAACCAUGGAGGGAUCCAGCUGCGUUUCACCGCAGCUCCACAGCAGCAACCGGCAGGCACAUCCAGCCAAGCUGCUGGCCCGGAAGCUUCAGGAUCUGGCGCCGGCCAGGCUGCAAACCUGCUUCCGCAUUACAAGGGCCUAUACCAACUUCUCCACCAAUCCGCCCGCUACCUGCAUCCUGUUCGCUUCACCGCGGUCAUCACCGACGGUGGUGUAGACACUGGGCGUCCUCACUACUGGGCCGACAACAUGCUCAAUCCCACCGACUGGGCUCCAUACUGCUCCAAGUACUCGGACAAUGUCAACUGCUUCGCCGUACUCAAGCCCUCCCCCUCCGCCCACCCCUGCGAGCUCACCCACCGCUCGCUGCUGGUGGGCUGCCUGCAGUGGGUGCUGCCGCUGCUGCACAUGCACGCGGGCGCCCCCCCGCAGCAGCCGGAGCCAGCGCAGGUGGAGCGCGCGGCGCGCAUGCUGGCCACGUGGAAAACCACGCGUCUCGAGCUGGCGUUCAGCCAGGUGGCGGAGGGGCUUGCGUUCGGCGACCCCAUCUCCGCGGCGCUGCUGCGCGGGCUGCCCGGCCCGCCCGAGGAGCGCCGAGCCGCCGCCGCUGCGCUGGGGCUGGGUAUCCAGAUGCGGCCCUGGUACGAGCGGGCCUACCGACUGAGGUUCCUGCCACCGCUGUUUCCCGAG